UUAGAUUAAAAUAAAUAGUUUUUUCUUUAUUUAUAUUUAUCAAAACCAGCAAUUAACCGAAUAACGGGGCCACUAAUGAUGUUAAUAAAUUAGUUUAUGUUCAUAAAGUCAGUGAGAUUUUAAUAUAAUUUCGGGGGUGAAAGUGCAAUUUUCUACGGUGACGAACACGAAAGAGAGGAAAUUCUUCCUUCUCGUCUGUGUUAUUCCCAGUUGCUCAUCAUCUUUCAUUGCACGCGAAGUCCAUGAUCUUGUUGCGCAGAUCGAUUGUAUGAAGAGAGGAGGAUAGCAUGACGAGUGGUACGCGGAGCAACGAGCGCACCGUCAGCCUCGUCCUACCCACCUUCUUCAAGUUGCUCGACUGGCGCCUCUCGCUUCUCAUCAUCCUCCCUCUCUUCCUCCUAACCUUGUUCUAUCCGAGCAGUCUUUACCUCUCUCCUCUUAAGUCCGUCCUUCCCAGCACCAGGCCGGUUGUGCUCGACCGUUCCCCUGAUCGGAUAGCCAUCUGUUUGGUCGGCGGUGCCCGCCGGUUCGAGCUCACAGGGCCGUCAAUCAUCAAGAACCUCCUUAACCAAUACCCCGAUGCCGAUAUGUUCCUCCACAGCCCGAUGGACAAGGAUGCAUACAAGUUCUUGCUCCUCCGUGACGCGCCUCGGAUCGCCGCUGUCCGGAUCUUCGUGCCGCAUCCGAUGAACGAGACCGAGCCACAAGCACGUGUUCUCACUGCCCGUAAUUCCCCCAACGGUAUCCAGGGUUUGUUACAGUACUUCAAUCUCGUCGAAGGCUGUCUCGAGAUGAUAACAUCUCACGAAUCACGAGGGAAUUUCACCUACGACUGGAUCGUCCGCACCCGCGUUGAUGGUUACUGGUCCGGCAGACUCGGUCGUGACGCAUUCGUUCCAGGAGUUUACGUCGUUCCGCCGGGAUCUCGCUACGGCGGCCUAAACGACCGGCUUGGGGUCGGAGACCGGAAGACCUCAGUGGCCGCGCUGUCAAGGUUGUCGUUGAUUCCAAGUCUAGAUCGAGCCGGAUAUCGGGAGCUGAACUCGGAGACGGCAUUCAAGGCACAGUUGGAGGUGGAAGGCGUGGCAUGGCAAGAGAAGGAGACUCCCUUUUGUGUCGUAACCGAGAGACGGUACGGGUUCCCGCCGGGAAGGUAUGGGGUGCCAGUUGCGUCGAUGGGAAGUCCUGGCCCGCUUAGUGGGGCCAAGUGCCGGCCUUGCAAGGCUGUGUGCGUCGGAGUCUGCGUGUCGGAGGUGGUAGGGGUGGGACUGGACCAAGGUUGGAGCUGGACGGAGUGGAGGAAUGGCAGUCUAGAGCUAUGUGAUUCAAGUGGUGGAUGGGAAAGUGGGUGGGAGGCCCUUUUUGAUAGGUUUGCCGGACCAGAUGCGGCUGCGGGAAGGAAGAGGUUGAAGCGGAUUGACGUCGAUGACUGCAUGAGGGGCUUUGAAGUAAUGCGUGAUCGAGCAACGUUCUGGGAGUCGCCGCCGGCUGAUGAAAUAUGCCGGCUCGGGUUGCCGAUACCGGAUACAUGAGAAAGGAUAUUAAUCAAAAGGAAAGAUGAGUUUAUCAAGGGUGAUUGAUGGGGAAGGUUAGGCGAGAUUAGGUUGGUAGGUGGCCUUGCUUGCGUUUGAAAUUGAGGCUGCUGGUGUUAUUGGUAGAAUGUUAGGAAGGCUAUUGGUGAAGUUGGAAGUGCAUUGACAGUCGAACAAAUCACGGAGUUCCAAGUGGCUGGUGAUUUGACAUUGCUUUUGGGGAAGCGGAAAUUCAAUGGAUUUGUUAUAUCUUUAACCACAGGAAUAGCUCAAUUAUUUUAUUUUAUAAUACUUUCCAUGUUGUCGCCUACGGUUUGGCAUGAGCCGUUCAGACGUGAGCACAGUACAAAUUUGUAUUUGAUUUGGUACAUACUACAAUUUUGAGAACUUAC